GUGGGACUGCAAAGUGAAGACGAACGGUGGAGUGGACUUUGUCAGUGGAUAAACUUCUGGUAAUCGAUGUUUUCACACCAUGGCUCAGCGACAGAAACAAACCCAAACAGUCAGUGUGAAGAAGUGAACAUGGAACCAAGUUCGACGAAAACGUCCCGAAUGACUGACAGUGGAUCAUCCUGGAUAGUGGCCGUUUUUUCGUGCAUCGCACUGGCCAUGCACUUCGGUGUCAUUAACUGUGGUGCCCUUUUCUACCCCGGACUAGUCGAACUGACGGACAUGCCUGUCAGCGCAUUGUCUUGGUUUGUCACCGGCCAGUAUGGAAUGACCUUCUGUUUUGCUCCAUUGUACAACCGUUUGCAUCGAUACCUGCAUUUCCGAAUCAUCAUCGUUGGGGCUGCACUAUUGACCACAGCUUCAUUUAUCAGUGCAUCGUAUGUACACAGUUUUGCGGCAUUUUUCAUCCUGUACACCGUAUUCGGAGGUAUUGGACUAGGAACCAGCGUCGUUCGUAUUGUUGGUAUUGCAGCCGAACGCUUCGACCGGUACCGAAUUUUAGCUCUUGCACUUUGUACCUGUGGUGCCGGACUUGGGACGUUUAUCUACUCGAACCUCGGUGGUUACAUGAUAGAAGAGCUAACUUGGCGAGUCGCUCUAAUGGGUUAUGCUUUAUUUCACCUGAACCUCAUACCAGUUAGCCUUUUGCUCCGACGGCUGCCACCAGAAGAUGUGACGGAGCCGGCUAUCAUAAUGCCCGAUCAAGCAGAAUCGUCAAUUCAGAGCCGCGACUUGAUCGAAGCUAGCAGAAUGGUGACCUUUCCAGAUAUAUUUUCUUCACGGUUGAGUGUGUAUGGCUCUGGAGGUCUCGCAGCUCAAAAAGGGGUUACGUAUCCGCAACGGCUUAACGAAUCCAAUCGCCGGAUUACUGCAGCUCGAAAACUAAGAGCCUGUGUUGAAUUUGCUAAGUGUCAUCGCGUCGCGGAGACAAAAGAUUUCCACAUCGACCCUUUAUUUUUCGCUCCAGAUCCGGGGGCUUCUGUGAUGGAUAGAAUCAAGGAAACAUGUAGAGAAUAUAUUACACAACUGAAUAACGCGAUGUGUAAUACCGUUUUCGUUCCCGUGUUGUUUAUCGUCGGGGAACUGGAUGCAGCCCUCACUCUACUGCUGAACACAAAUCAAGAAGGGAUUUUAACGGAACAAGAAUUGAAUGACUUGUUAAUCAGCCAUUUUGAAUUAAUUCUUAAUCCAGAGGGAGAGAACCAGGAAAGUGACAGCAAAACCCACGUCAAACCGUUUGUCGGUGACUCUAUUUCCGCCUCCGUCAUAAUCGCACAGGAAAGAAAACGAGCUCGAGGUAUUGUUCGAGCGACUGUCCGAAAGGCUGAGACGCGCGCAUACGAACUGUGUGAAACUCUGUCGCGCAAUGGGUUGGAUGUCAGUCCAACGCCAAUCAUUGUCCUGGUGGAGCACUCCGGUGAUCUUAUGUAUAGCCGACUGUUCCAAAUACAUUCAUGCGACAGAAUGCACAAAAUAAGCAAUGCUGGGUUCGAAGAGGUCGAAGAAACUGACAGAAGUGAAGGGCAACAGCAGCUGAAUAUAACGUCAAGCGAGCGUAAUCUUCAACCCACAAUGCCAAUCGGAAGUUCAACGCUUUCAUUAUCAAACUUUCUAUCUAUGGGAAGUCAGUAUUUGACAAACAGUCAUUCUAAAGUACUAGAUCAUUUCAUAACAAGAGAAACCAAUGAGUUUGCCAAGAAUCAUAGGCUGAGCUGUUUCAUAUUACAGUCAACUGAUCUGUUGAACUCCGCCUCCUCUGUUUAUGACGUACAGAAAGCUGGCAAUCACCUUAUGACGAUAACAGGGGAUCGAACACCCGUUCAAGUGUGCACUACACAUGAUCAAAAAUAUGGAUCAGUCUUGCGAAACCCGUUGUUUUUCAGCCUACUUGUCACACGUUUGCUUGUUUAUGUUGCUGAUUCAAUCAUUUUUGCACAUUUGAGUUACUUUGCGUUAAAAAGUGGACUGAAUGAGGAUGACGCAGCAAGUUUGUUAUCUUCCAUUGGUAUUGCAUCUAUGUUUUCACGUCUAGGAACAGGUUUAAUCGGGCAAUUCGCCCCUCGUUGUGAUUCACGCACGAUGACUUCCUGUUGCUUGUUGGUUUUGGCCAUACACACAAUCGUUAUGCCCCUGUAUCCUACUUAUGUGGCUCUGUUGGCUUUUACCAUUGUUUAUGGAGUUCUUUUGUCACCCAGUUCUGCUUUCACGCCUGUGAUGGCAUACGAAAUCACUGGACCUGCCCGAUAUGACGAAGCUGUUUCCUACUGGUUCCAGUUUGAAGCGAUUGGAUAUCUACUUGGUGGACCACUGGGAGGAACAGGUUUAAUCGGGCAAUUCGCCCCUCGUUGUGAUUCACGCACGAUGACUUCCUGUUGCUUGUUGGUUUUGGCCAUACACACAAUCGUUAUGCCCCUGUAUCCUACUUAUGUGGCUCUGUUGGCUUUUACCAUUGUUUAUGGAGUUCUUUUGUCACCCAGUUCUGCUUUCACGCCUGUGAUGGCAUACGAAAUCACUGGACCUGCCCGAUAUGACGAAGCUGUUUCCUACUGGUUCCAGUUUGAAGCGAUUGGAUAUCUACUUGGUGGACCACUGGGAGGUUUGGUCAAAGAAAUCAAUAACAACUACAUGGAUUGCUUUGCUUUGGCAGGGACGUGCGACUUGGUUGCCGCAUUGAUUAUUUUCAUUCAAGGCCUCAUAUUGACUCGCUGUGCAGAACGACUCGCAGAACUGUUUCGUACAACCUGCUGUAGCAGGAGACAUGGAACGGGAUAAUGGAUCAACAGCGUAACUGCUACUGCCAUCUGCACUCUUCCAGACAGUCUCCAAAUGCCCGUUUCUUUUCUCAGUACACGAUAUUCAUCAGAACGAUUUUGUUUCACGGCUUCUUCUACAUGUCGUCUACCGGUUAGCACAGGUGAUAUCACUCAAAAUUUCAAUGACCACAAGGUUCAUCAGAGGAAAUUCUACAGUUUUCAUCACACUGUCGCAAAUAAACUUCCGCUCCUAGUGGAUCAGUGUGGAACUCCAGAGGUUUUAAAACCUGUCGUUAUGACAUGUUUCAGUUCACUACUUUGGAUUAAGCCUUUAGUGAACAGACUCCAAGAUUCCCCUCUUUGGAAAAUAUCUUUCAUUAAAAAUCACCUCAUGAAACAUUCACUGGAUAUAGAUUGUGACUGAGUCAUUGACCCCAUGAUGCAUAUGUAAAACCGAGUAUAUUUUUUCAGUAGACCGUUGUUAUCAUGCAACGGGCGCACAAAGGAAACACUCAGUUGAUCUCAGUGACCUCUUUUCAGGCGAACCACCCUGUCAGGACGCGCCCAGACAUGAAAAAAGCACAUGUGCAGAGAAUGACGCAUCCCUAAAAUCGUCAUCGGUACCACACGUUCCGGAUAGCAGGUGCGUUGGCGGAGCUCACCAAAUACGGCUUAGCAACAUAAGACUAGUGGAGUGGGGCUGAAAUUGUUCACGACCGGAAAACCGCCAUUGGCUGUACAGAACGAACCGUAUUUGGCCCUGUACUCAUCCUAUAUAUUCACACAGAAGCUCUGUAUGUUUUGUC